UACAAUCUCCUCAUCGGCACUCAUUGCAAAAACUGGGAGAGAGAGAGAGAGAGAGAGAGAGAGAGAAGAGGAAUCGUCAUCAUGCUCUCAGUUUCUGCCCAUUUCUGCUCUCGUCCCUCCUCCACGUCCCAUGCCGCCGCCGCCACCUCCACCUCCACCUCCACCUCCACUCCCCCGCGAAGGUCAAUUAAUUAUACUGCUACCAAGACCGCCGCGCUCCGACCAGCGCUGUUUCGCCUUCCUCCGCUCACAGCCUCCUCAGCUAUUCCUUUAGCCGCCUCCGUUUCCAUUCUCUUAUGGACGAGCCCAGUGAAUGCUGGAAUUCUAUCAGGUUUCUCAGGCUUGGAGUCAGUGCCUGGACCUCAGCUACCUCAGAUUGAUUUCCUUAAGCAGUGGAAUGAUGAGAAUCAAAAGAAGUACGCCGAGAAUGAUGCAAGAUUCAAGUCAUCUUCUGUGGUUAAGGAGCUUUUAGAGAAGUCCAGACUGAACAAGGAAAGGAACCAAAGAGAAACUCAAGAUAAGUAUUGCCUGCGAGGUGCAGAAUGGGGUGUUGGAGAUUGCUCUACCCAAGGAAUGACACAAGAAGAUAGGGACGAGUUUGUUUCGAUGUUGAAAAAGAGGGCUGGGGGAGAUUAAGUAGCAGUCACCUAUCUGCAUCUUUGAAAAUUAGCAAAAUUCUUUUGGUAAGUUCUCCUUCCUUGGAUUGAUGAUCAAUUGUAAUUUAUUUUAAGUGCAUCUUUGAUUCGAUUUCCUCUCGAUGGAAAGUUUACAAUGAAGUAAAAAAACAUUGUCACAAUGUUUCAAUUUGUUAAAGUAAAAAAUAAUAAUAAUAAUAAAA